AUGCGGUAUAUCUUUCCCCGUCAAUUCGGCUUGCACAAUGUCUUCACCUCCAAGGUAGAUCCGCGUGAGACCGCCAUGCCGUUCAUGGACUACACACUGCGCGAGAAAGACAUAUACAGUAGAAUGUGCCGGGAGUUGGGUAGCGAAGCUACCAAUGCUGAGAAGAUAGUCAAAUGGAAACAGCGAACGCCCAAGAGGCUCCGAGGUGACGCUGUCAGGUUGGUUGAGAAACUUCGAGUGCGGAACCAGCGGUGUUCGUACAUGGAAAUGCUUCGUCAUUACGCUCCAAUCGAGAUCACGAAAAUAGCCUGGCUGCGCCCACCCGGCCACAACGACGACACAAAAAUUUCCAAUUCCGACAUGAGCAAACGCACAGAGAUGUUUCUUGAGUUCGUCUACUGGCUCUUUGACUCUUUCCUCAUCCCUCUGGUUCGCACGAACUUCCAUGUAACCGAAUCCAACGCACACCGGAACAGGCUUUUCUACUUCCGCCAUGAUGUCUGGCGACUAUUGGCAGAGCCUGCUCUGUUGGAGCUGCGUACGAACAUGUUUGAAGAAAUGCCAACGGAAAGCACGGAAAGACUGCUAUCUGCACGUCAGCUCGGCUUCAGUAACAUUCGUCUUCUUCCUAAGAGGCAAGGCUUCCGGACUAUCAUGAACCUGAAGAGAAGACAGCAAGUAAUGCGGUAUGGGACUACGAUGCUUGGUCGAAGUAUAAACGCGGUGAUGACACCGGCUUUCAAUGCGAUCACUUAUGAGAAGUCACGCUUACUGCGUAUGAUCGACAGUCUCAUGUCGAUCCAAGCUUACAAGACGGGCAAACAUGUGGAGAUAUCUCCUCUUCCCCCUCUACAACGCCUUGAUGGUAAACAUGUGGAUCCAAUGCCACUGAAAAAGUACAUUCCGCACACUGAUGCAGCAACGGAUAUAACCCCUUUCAAUCAACUGGUGCAAGAUAGGCUGGCAGGCAAAAAGGCCAACACUAUCUUUGUCAACACCGACUUACAACGGCAUGAGACUAAAGAUGAUUUGAUGCAGCUCCUGCAGGAGCACAUAGAGAGAAAUGUUGUCAAGAUCGGGAAGCGCUUCUAUCGCCAGAAGACGGGCAUACCCCAAGGGUCUGUUCUGUCGAGCAUCCUGUGCAACUUCUUCUAUGCUCAGCUAGAACGCGAUGUCCUCGGAUUCGCACUUGAUGACGACUCUUUGCUACUUCGUCUGCUUGAUGACUUUCUUCUGAUCAGUAUCAACGAAGAGUACGCGCGGCGCUUCGUACGUGUCAUGCACAAUGACCAUCCAGAAUACGGCGUAGUAAUCAAGCCUUCAAAGUCAUUGGCGAACUUUGACGUGAUGACAGAGGAGGGGACCCGGAUAUCAACAAGCGGCUCAGAUGGCAAAUUCCCGUAUUGCGGCGUCUGCAUUGAUACAACGACGUUGGAGAUCAGCAAGAAGACAGAGCGCCCUACAAAGACCGAUCUGACCAAAAUGCCCGGCCAAACGUUCCAUCGCAAAGCUCUCAAGUAA